UCUCAGUCAAGCAGGUUGGCAAGCAGAUAUACACCUCAAUCGGUGGCACAGAGCUCGAUCACCAGGGCUGCACGCUCUCAAUCGAUCGCCAUGGACGCCAAGAAGGGGCAAAACAUUCCUACCAGAAAGGGAAUUAGCCAUGUAUGGUCAGCUGCAGCAAGAGCUGCAAAGUUGCAGCGGCAGCGAUUACUGUCUACGCAGCCAGCUAAGUAUUUGAAGGAGAAUGCAGACACCACGAAAAUGAGUUCAGCCGAGGCUGCCCACUUAGGAGCAGCAAAGAGACCACCUGGUUCGAACCCCGGAACAUUCAUGCACCAGCAGAGCAAUCUAGCUACGAAGAAUAACAAAUUUCUACAGCCAUGGUUGUUGCCGAUCUAUCCCAUGGCGGGCAUGGUGGCCAUCGGACUGGGUCUUGCAGUAAUGACAGGUUACCGGGAGCUGGUGGUGAACCCCGGAGUGUUGAUCGACAAAACAAAACGCACAGACGAGUUGCCGGAGUUGCACGAACAAGAGUGGACUAUGAAAAUGUCCCGCCAGUACGCCGAGGGUAGUCCACUGCGGAAUAUAUCAACUCACGCUAAGAUCUCGCCUUUUGGUCGCCACCUCGACGAAGAUAUGUCGGAGUCUCCAGCGAUCCAAAUUGGUCAAAAAGCCAUGGAGCUCUCUGGUGAGCCUCCAGUGUUGCCAGGAGACGACAAUCCUGUCCACGGCCCUGGCGGAAAUAAAAUGGUCCAUGGAAGACCCUUGGGUGGCAACAACUAAUUUCAGCAUUCGAUUCAUUGCUUCAGUGUUCAAAUGACUUAACACCGCGGUGGUGGCCUUGUGCUUGCGGUACAUCUUGAUUCUGGCCACUGUUUUUUUCUAUCUGUGAUCACGUAGGAAGGAUAUGAACCAUGUUAAUAUGUAUGAGAGGUGCUACUACAGCCGAGGUAGAAGGAAACUUGGUGUUAGCUCAAUGAUCACAUGUAUCUAUAUUUUACCCAUCGAAAACUGUACAUAUUGGCGGAUGACAUUUCCAGACUGUCGGUCUGCAGACUCAUACACUAUGUAGAGAUCCUGUUUGUGUAUAACAAGAAUAAAUUAACUAGCUUUUAUCUUAAAAUUUUGUUCUCAA